AUGCUCGGGCAACUUUCCACUCUCGCGCCGGCGCACCGCGCCCGCUGCAGGCAUCCAAGCCUUUCCACUCCGAACCCUUCGUUUCGGCGGUGUACAGCUUGGAGUCCAAAAUUCGGGGCAUGGCAAGCCAAGAGGUAUUCACAGUGCUUUGGCAUGUCGACUGGGGCCAAGUCAAAGGCUUUUGAGAAGAUUGACGAAGCGAAGGGCAAGUUUUCCGAGCUCGAUGGCGGCGACUACGCGGCCAUGUUGGUGGAUAAGGACUACAACGAGGUCAAGUACUACGGGUCGCGAGGAAAGGUGCAAACGGAGAUGGAGGAGUAUUGGAAGCAACACUUCAAGGGCUCGCGGGCGUUGGACAAGAUCAAGAAGAACCAGUCGAAGGAAGCGCCCACAACGGAAGUCAAGGUCAAGGAGUACGCUUUAGACGACUCCCUGGCGGAGCUGCGGCGUGACCAUUGGGUUUCGGAGGAGGAGCGUGCCGAGCCAGUUGUUUUCCGAUGGGAGCUGGACGAGACGCGGACGAAGAUUGACAAGUGCCUUUGCGGUGAUUUGUUCUUACCCAGUCCGGAGAAGGACAAGAUCGGCUUCCUCGCGAUCUCUCUAGCAAGGUUCGACACCGUCACCCUCAAGCGCGACCGCGCCGAAGGCACCGUGAUCUCCGUCAACCGGGAGAGCCGCGUUUGCAAGGUCGUCUUUCCGGACCGGGAGACCUCCAAACGCGUUGGCUACCAGACCUUGUCAAGCCUCACGUUUUCCCGGCGGAAGGCGAAAGAAGCAUCCUUGCAGCUGCGCGCACAAGACUUCCUCCCGCCCGAGGAGGGGGACACCCACAUGCCUGCCAGCAAGCAGGGCGAGGAGCUACUCGAAGUCAAGGAAGUUUGGGAAGAUGAUGAGACGGGUAACUUCCACUGGACAUAUGGCGAUGAGAAGGUCAAUGCCCGCGCCCCCGCGACCAGCUGCGACCCCGACGGGAAGGUGGUGGUGCCCUUCCGUGCCACGCCGACAGCGGAAGUCCAAGAGAUGUUGAAGCAAUCAGAGGAGGUAGCCGCCACCAUGGCCAACGUGGCGGAGCUGUCGGAGCUGGUGACGGGCAAGAGGCGCCAGCAGGCCGCCAAGCGCGGCGCGGUCUGCGCUGACCCACAGCGGAUCCGGAAGCGGCGGCCCAGGGUGGAGGUGAAGUGCACCGGCCAGGCCUUCCUCUGCAAGCCGGGAUCACGCCUUGGCCUCCUUUCCACGACCGUUCAAAAGGUGUGGCUAUGGCUUUGGCUGAUCUGCGGCAUAAAAGCUUCCCUCAGCCCGAAGCUUGAUGAAGUUCCUGUCGCUUGA